UCUCUCCCUCUCCCUCCUCCUCCCCCACCCCAUCCCUUCCCCCCCACAAUGCAGUUCGCGGCGCGGCGGACAUGGCGGUGGAGUCCUGAGCUCGUCGUGUCCCGGCCUCCAGCGGCGGCGGCAGUGACGGCGGCGGCGGCAGCGGGAGGCGGCGGGGGGAGCGGGAGCCACUGAGAUGAGGAGGCGCCGCGCGCGCCUGUAGCUCGCGGGCCUCUCAGAGAAUGUCAAUCUGGACAGAGAUCAAGGCAGAGGAUACAUACUGCUUUACUACAAUAGGAAUUAUAAAACUUAGGUGCACGUUGAGUAAGAUGUUGUGGUGGAGACAUAGCUAGUUUGUUUGCCUAAUCUGGACUUGAAGCAAUUCAACUACUAGAAAUCUGCCAUUUUACAGUAUCACAAUUGGGAAGAAGCAGGUUUUCAAAUAAUGGAAGAGUCUAAGACCUCUAAAAAUGAAAAUCAUGAACCAAAGAAGAAUGCUUGGGCUCUUUCUGAAGAAAGCAAAGCAGUUAAAGUUAUAUCUAAUCAAACUUUGAAAGCUAGAAAUGAUAAAUCCAUAAAAGAAAUUGGGACCAGCUCUCCAAGUAGGAAUAGUAGUAAAAAAAAUAAGCAAAAUGAUAUUUGUAUAGAAAAGACAGAAGUUAAAUCAUGUAAAGUAAAUGCUGCCAACGUAGCAAGUCCUAAAGAUUUGGGAUUAGUCCUUCGAGAUCAAAGUCAUUGCAAAACAAAAAAAUCACCUAAUUCACCAGUAAAAGCAGAGAAGGUACCUGUUUCACAGGCAAAAGCAGAAAAGUCACCAAAGUCAUCUAAUUCACCAGUGAAAACAGAAAAGACAUCCAGCUCCCAGGCAAUAGCAGCAGAAAAGGCACUUAGUUCACAGAGGAAAACAGAAAAAGUACCCAUUGCUCAGAUGAAAUCAGAAAAGGUCCCUGGUUCGCUAACAGAACCAGAGAAGGCACCCAGUUUACCGUUAAAAGAAAACAUGCGACAGAUAGAAUUACAGCAGAUUGGAAGAAAAAUUCCAAGUUCCUUUACUUCUCUGGACAAAGUGAAUAUUGAUGUUGUAGAGGGAGAAAAAUCUGCUUUGGAAAACUCACCACGAUCUCAGAAGCAACAAGCAUGUACAGAUAAUACUGGUGAUUCUGAUGAUAGUGCUUCGGGAAUUGAAGACAUAUCAGAUGAUUUGAGUAAAAUGAAGAAUGAUGAAUCUAAUAAAGAAAAUUCUUCAGAGAUGGACUAUUUAGAAAAUGCUACUGUGAUAGAUGAAUCUGCAUUGACACCUGAGCAGAGGCUAGGCUUGAAACAAGCAGAAGAACGCUUAGAAAGAGAUCACAUCUUUCGACUUGAAAAACGCUCACCAGAAUAUACCAAUUGCCGAUACCUAUGCAAACUUUGCUUAAUUCACAUUGAAAACAUCCAGGGAGCUCAUAAACAUAUAAAGGAGAAACGACAUAAGAAAAAUAUUUUGGAAAAACAGGAAGAAAGUGAGCUUCGUUCUCUGCCACCUCCUUCCCCUGCCCACUUGGCUGCUUUAAGUGUUGCAGUUAUUGAAUUAGCAAAAGAACACGGAAUAACAGAUGAUGACCUCAGAGUCCGUCAGGAAAUUGUGGAGGAAAUGUCAAAGGUUAUAACAACAUUUUUACCAGAGUGUUCACUUAGGUUGUAUGGCUCAUCUCUGACUAAGUUUGCUCUGAAAAGUAGUGAUGUUAAUAUAGAUAUAAAAUUUCCUCCCAGGAUGAAUCAUCCAGAUCUUCUGAUACAAGUGCUUGGGAUUUUAAAAAAAAGUGUAUUAUAUAUAGAUGUGGAAUCUGAUUUUCAUGCCAAAGUUCCUGUUGUGGUGUGCAAAGAUCGGAAAAGUGGUUUACUUUGUAGAGUGAGUGCAGGAAAUGAUAUGGCAUGCCUCACUACUGAUUUACUUGCUGCUCUUGGCAAGACGGAACCUGUUUUUACUCCUUUGGUGUUAGCCUUUCGCUACUGGGCUAAGUUAUGCUAUAUUGACUCCCAAACUGAUGGCGGAAUCCCUUCUUACUGUUUUGCUUUAAUGGUGAUGUUUUUUCUACAACAAAGAAAACCCCCUCUUCUUCCUUGCUUACUUGGAAGUUGGAUUGAAGGCUUUGACCCAAAAAGAAUGGAUGACUUUCAGCUGAAGGGCAUAGUAGAAGAGAAGUUUGUGAAGUGGGAAUAUAAUUCAAGUAGUGCAACUGAGAAAAACUCAAUUGCUGAGGAAAACAAAGCUAAGGCAGACCAACCAAAAGAUGAUACCAAGAAGACAGAAACAGACAACCAAAGUAAUGCCAUGAAGGAAAAACAUGGCAAAUCUCCUUUAACAUUGGGAACACCAAAUCAGGUAUCCCUGGGACAAUUAUGGUUAGAGCUGCUAAAAUUUUACACACUGGAUUUUGCUUUGGAAGAAUAUGUCAUAUGUGUACGGAUACAAGAUAUUUUAACAAGAGAAAACAAAAACUGGCCUAAAAGGCGAAUAGCCAUUGAAGAUCCAUUUUCAGUUAAGAGGAAUGUUGCACGGAGCUUAAACAGCCAGCUUGUUUAUGAAUACGUUGUGGAGAGAUUCAGGGCAGCUUAUCGGUAUUUUGCCUGUCCUCAGAGGAAGGGUGGAAAUAAAUCUACAGUGGAUUCCAUGAAAAAAGAGAAGGGAAAAAUAAGCAAUAAGAAACCAGUGAAGUCUGACAAUAUGGCAUCCAGUUGUUGCAUUCUACAUGGAGAAAGCACAGAAAAAAUAAAUGCAGAAAGAGGUCAACCUGAUAAAUAUGAUGAAAUGGAAUGUACAUCACAGAGAUGUAUUACUGAAGAUGACAGUUUGUUGGUAAAUGAGCUAGAUUUGGCUGAACUUGGACAGGAAUCUUCAUCUCUUUCUACCAGUGGAGGCAGUGAAUUAGAGCCAAAAUCAAUUAAGAAACAAGAUGAUUUAGCACCGUCAGAAACCUGUCUAAAAAAGGAACUCAGCCAGUGUAAUUGCAUUGGUUAUAAAUCCCCUGACCCAGAUGAAUCUUCUGGUACAGACUGCCAGUCAAAUAUAGAAACAGAGAGUUCACAUCAGAUUGUGAGCACUGACACAUCUGCUACCUCCUGCAACUGCAAAGCUACAGAAGAUGCUUCUGACUUUAAUGAUGAUGAUAACCACCCCACCCAGGAAUUAUAUUAUGUGUUUGAUAAGUUUAUUUUAACCUCUGGCAAGCCACCAACGAUAGUAUGCAGCAUCUGCAAAAAAGAUGGCCAUUCAAAAAAUGAUUGUCCAGAGGAUUUCAGGAAAAUUGAUCUAAAACCUCUACCACCAAUGACAAAUCGAUUUCGGGAAAUACUUGAUUUAGUAUGUAAAAGAUGUUUUGAUGAGUUAUCACCACCCUUUUCUGAACAACACAACAGGGAGCAAAUUUUAAUUGGCUUGGAAAAGUUUAUUCAAAAAGAAUAUGAUGAAAAGGCCAGAUUGUGCUUAUUUGGCUCUUCUAAGAAUGGAUUUGGAUUUCGUGAUAGUGAUCUGGAUAUUUGUAUGACCCUGGAAGGCCAUGAAAAUGCAGAGAAAUUAAACUGUAAGGAAAUAAUUGAAAAUUUGGCAAAAAUUCUUAAGAGACAUCCAGGUUUAAGAAACAUUUUGCCUAUAACUACUGCCAAAGUGCCUAUAGUAAAAUUUGAACAUAGACGAAGUGGUUUAGAAGGUGAUAUCAGUUUAUAUAAUACAUUGGCUCAACAUAACACAAGAAUGCUAGCUACUUAUGCAGCUAUUGAUCCUAGAGUACAAUACUUGGGAUAUACUAUGAAAGUGUUUGCAAAGCGAUGUGACAUUGGAGAUGCUUCCAGGGGAAGUUUAUCUUCAUAUGCUUAUAUCCUUAUGGUGCUGUACUUUCUGCAGCAGAGAAAACCACCUGUUAUCCCAGUUCUACAAGAGAUCUUUGAUGGAAAACAGAUUCCACAGCGAAUGGUUGAUGGAUGGAAUGCAUUUUUCUUUGAUAAAACAGAAGAGCUGAAAAAGCGUUUACCUUCACUUGGAAAGAAUACAGAAACGUUAGGAGAGCUUUGGUUGGGACUGCUUCGCUUCUAUACUGAAGAGUUUGAUUUCAAGGAAUAUGUAAUUAGCAUUCGGCAGAAAAAGCUGUUGACAACUUUUGAGAAGCAGUGGACAUCCAAAUGCAUUGCAAUUGAAGAUCCUUUUGACUUGAAUCAUAACCUUGGUGCUGGAGUUUCUAGGAAAAUGACCAAUUUUAUCAUGAAGGCAUUUAUCAAUGGAAGGAAACUUUUUGGUACCCCCUUUUAUCCACUCAUUGGCAGAGAAGCUGAGUACUUCUUUGAUUCCAGAGUAUUAACAGAUGGAGAACUGGCUCCCAAUGAUCGAUGCUGUCGUGUGUGUGGAAAAAUAGGCCACUACAUGAAAGACUGCCCUAAAAGGAGAAGCAGUUUACUGUUUAGACUAAAGAAGAAAGACAGUGAAGAAGAGAAGGAUGGGAAUGAAGAGGAGAAAGACUCCCGAGACCUUCUUGAUCCCCGAGACCUCCAUGACACUCGAGAGUUUAGAGACCCCAGAGACCUCAGAUGCUUCAUAUGUGGAGAUGCUGGACAUGUACGAAGGGAGUGCCCAGAGGUCAAGCUGGCCCGUCAGAGGAAUAGCAGUGUGGCUGCAGCCCAGUUGGUCCGCAACCUCGUAAAUGCCCAACAAGUGGCUGGUUCAGCCCAGCAACAGGGUGAUCAGUCCGUAAGGACUAGACAGUCCUCAGAAUGUUCUGAUUCACCAUCUUAUUCUCCUCAGCCCCAACCAUUUCCACAGAACUCAUCCCAGUCAGCUGCCAUUACCCAGUCUCCAUCCCAGCCAGGAUCCCAACCCAAGCUUGGCCCACCUCAGCAGGGAGCCCAGCCCCCACAUCAGGUCCAGAUGCCUAUGUAUAACUUUCCCCAGUCACCACCAGCUCAGUAUUCUCCCAUGCACAAUAUGGGACUGUUGCCAAUGCACCCUCUCCAGAUCCCUGCCCCGUCCUGGCCUAUUCACGGCCCAGUGAUCCACUCUGCACCAGGCAGUGCCCCCAGCAAUAUUGGCCUGAACGAUCCCAGCAUCAUCUUUGCACAGCCUGCUGCCAGACCUGUGGCGAUCCCUAACUCCUCUCAUGAUGGACACUGGCCUCGUACUGUGGCUCCAAAUUCCCUGGUGAACAAUGGUACAGUGGGAAAUUCGGAGCCAGGCUUUCCAGGACUAAAUCCUCCAAUUCCUUGGGAACAUGCACCACGUCCCCAUUUCCCUCUUGUCCCAGCUUCGUGGCCUUACGGUUUGCAUCAAAACUUCAUGCAUCAGGGAAAUGCCAGAUUUCAGCCCAACAAACCGUUCUAUACUCAAGCUGGUCUACCGAUGCACAGCAACCAGCCAAUCCUGCUGUCUCAAGGGUAUCCGUACCUCAAUGUCAGUUACAUUCAGCAGAAAAAGUGACAUUUAAUGGAAAGCAAAACAAAUCAGGUCCUGAUUUAAAAUUUUAACACGUUUAGAUAGCUUAUUUAAAUUCUAAGACUGUUUUUAAAGACUGUAUUAUUUGUAUAUAAAUAUGAACUAUAGUUUUUACUAGUAUCACCAAAUUGAGUGAUACAAAUUUCAUCUAUUUUAUUACCCUAUUUUUAAGGGAAUUUUAUGUUUUGUUUAAUCUUGAUGAAUUGUAUAAAGAGAGAAUUUAAAAAAUUACAUUCUUUAUUUUCUAUUAGCUGUAUUCAUACUUUGGUUGCUUCAGACUUUAUAUAUAUUGUUCUUAAGAAUUAGGAAAAACUUUCAUGUGUUUUAAAUUUGUCACUUCUAUUCUUUACAGAACCUUGUAGUGCCAAAAACUUUUUAAAAGCUAAAAAAAAAAAUAAUAAAAUAAAACUACAACGUGAAGAUUCAGAAUUUUUUCUUUUACAUUCUUGUAUAUUGAAAAUAUUCAAAAUUGAACAGAAAGUUGCUUUUGUCUGUAUUUGAAGUAAUUCUAUUUUAAGUUAAUAAAUCUUUUUGACAAGA